AUGGCCGCGUCGACGUUGAGUCUGUCCUCUCUUCGGGCCGCCCUGCCUUCCAUUACCGGGUCUUCUUCGAGCCCGUCUGUGCAUUUUCCGAAUGUCAAGCGCCCUUCCGGGCUUAGACUGUCCAAACCCAAAUCCGGCCCGAGACCUCUCAAUGCAGUUGCUGGUCUCGCUCCUUUGGAUCUACUUUGUUCACCCUUUAUAGGUCAAGGUCUAACCACUUACGAACACAGCUUCGCGGAACACAGCUUCCCGUUAAUCGGCAAUGGUGGCCGGUUUUUCAACAUGAGGCAUGGCAGAAAGGUGCCGAAACUCAACAGGCCCCCGGACCAGAGGCGGGCCCUCUUACGUUGCUUGACUACUCAACUUCUCAAAUACGGGCGCAUCAAAACUACGAGAGCCCGAGCGAGUGCCAUGCGCAAAUAUGUCGAUAAAAUGAUCACAUUGGCCAAGGAAGGCACUCUGCACAAGAGAAGGCAAGCCCUAGGCUUUAUUUAUGAGAAGCAAAUAGUACACGCGCUCUUUGCUGAGGUUCAAGAGAGGUAUGGGGAAAGGGAGGGUGGAUAUACGAGGAUUAUCAGAACUCUGCCGAGAAGGGGUGACAAUGCCCCUAUGGCCUACAUCGAGCUUGUCUGA